UCCGCUUCCUGGCCUAAAUCUGACACGUACUGUUCUCCCCCCUGCCCGUGGCAACCACCCAGGGUCGGUGACAGUCGAGGAGCCCGGCGAUGCCCUCAGCCGAGGCGGGGACAGAGAGGCGCCGGCAGUAUCCAGCACAGAGAGCUGCCCCCUCUGUGCCCCCAGGAGGCAAUUGUGGGGAGGAUGGUGAAUGACUGACCACGUGGACACUGGCUUUUCAGCAUUUCUUGGAGUCUCUGCGGAACCCCCGGGCCAACCCCGUAGUGGAGGCUCUAGGACCUACCUCCUGACCCCAGCAGCUCUGAUUGGGUCCCCGGCUGCCCACCCGGCUUCCAGCUCCUGGGAAGAGCAGAGUCAUUGGCAAGAGAGCCCGGAGAGCUGAGGCCCAGCGGGAACAUGCCAGCUAACCAGAGUUCUCCCCAGUGGUCCUCGGUCCUGGCUGCAGAGGGACAUGGCAGCCUGUGUGAGGUCUCCGUGUCAUUCGAGGAUGUGACUGUGGACUUCAGCAAGGAAGAGUGGCAGCAACUGGACCCUGCUCAGAGACGCUUGUACCGGGAUGUGACGCUGGAGAAUUACAGCCACCUGCGCUCAGUGGGGUGCCUGGUUCCCAAACCAGAGGUCAUCUUCAAGUUGGAGCAAGGAGAGGGGCCAUGGACAUUGGAGGGGGAAACCCCACAUCAGAGCUGGUCAGACGAGGAUAUUGGGGGAAAGCAACACCAGAGAAUUGCUGGGAAAGUUUCAUUGCACUGUGAGAAAUUUGGUCAACUCAUGGGAGAAGAUCCAUUGUGUUCCAUUUUAGAAGAAUUGUGGCAAAACAACAGCCAGCUAGAGAGAUAUCGGGAGAGCCAGAAUCACCCUUUAAAUCAUGUGAAAGUAUUGAUUAAGGAGAGGGGCUAUGAAUGUAAGAAUACUGAAAAAAUAAUCCAUGUGAGUACCAAGCUUGUUCCUUCAAUUAAAAGUCUCCGUAACUAUGACCCAUUUGGAAAGAGUCUGAAGCAUACUUUAAACUUACACAAUCAUAAUAAAAGCAAUGCAACAAAGAAGCUUGAUAAGAUUUUUGGAAAUGAUAACAAUUUUGCCCCUAGCUCUUCGUCUACUGAGACUGUGAAUACAGGGGCAAAUUCCUGUGACAUUAAUCAAUGUGAAAAACAUCUUGGCAACAAACAAGUUCUCAUCCACCAUCAGACAAUUCAGACUGGGGAGCAACUGCCUGUAUGUACUGAGUGUGUAAAGGGCUUCCCCCAAAAGCCCCAUCUCUCUGAGCAUCAGAGAAUUCAUGCUGAGGAAAAAUCCCAUGAAUGUCAUAAAAGCCACAAAGCCCUCAGGCAGAAGCCACCAAUUAACGUACCUCAAAGUGCUUAUACAGGAGACAAACCCUAUAUAUGUACUCAAUGUGAGAAGGCCUUUACUCUCAAGUCGAACCUCAUUACACAUCAGAAAAUUCAUACUGGGCAGAAACCCUAUAAAUGCAGUGAAUGCGGAAAAGCCUUUUUCCACAGAUCCUAUCUCUUUAGACACAUGAGAAUCCAUACGGGAGAAAAACCGUACGAAUGCCGUGAGUGUGGAAGAGGCUUCUCCCAGAAUUCAGACCUUACCAUACAUCAGAAAACUCAUACCGGAGAGAAACACUAUGCGUGCGGCGAAUGCGGGAAAGCCUUCACCAGAAAGUCAGCACUCAGAAUGCACCAGAGAAUCCACACAGGAGAGAAACCCUACGUAUGCCCUGAAUGCGGGAAGGCCUUCAUCCAGAAAUCCCACUUCAACACACAUCAGAGAAUCCAUACCGGCGAGAAGCCUUAUGAAUGUGGCGAGUGCGGAAAGUCGUUCACGAAGAAGUCACAGCUCCACGUGCAUCAAAGAAUUCACACAGGGGAAAAACCCUAUAUAUGUACAGAAUGUGGAAAGGUCUUUACUCACAGGACAAACCUCACUACACAUCAGAAAACUCAUACUGGAGAGAAACCCUAUACGUGUGCUGAAUGUGGCAAGGCUUUCAGCGACCAGUCAAAUCUCAUUAAACACCAGAAAACGCACACUGGAGAGAAACCCUAUAAAUGCAACGGCUGUGGAAAAGCCUUCAUAUGGAAGUCACGCCUCAAAAUACAUCAGAAAUCUCAUAUUGGAGAGAGACACUAUGAAUGCAACGAAUGUGGGAAAGCCUUCAUCCAGAAAUCGACACUAAGUGUGCAUCAGAGAAUCCACACAGGAGAGAAACCCUACGUUUGUCCUGAAUGCGGGAAGGCCUUCAUCCAGAAAUCCCACUUCAUUGCACAUCAUAGAAUCCAUACCGGAGAGAAGCCUUACAAGUGCAGCGACUGUGGCAAGUGCUUUACUAAGAAGUCACAGCUUCGUGUGCAUCAGAAGAUUCACACAGGGGAGAAACCCAAUAUAUGCGCCGAAUGUGGAAAGGCCUUCACUGACAGGUCCAAUCUGAUAACACACCAGAAAAUCCACACCAGAGAGAAACCCUAUAAAUGCAGUGACUGCGGAAAAACCUUCACUUGGAAGUCCCGCCUCACUAUCCAUCAGAAAUCUCAUACUGGAGAGAGACACUAUGAAUGCGGUAAAUGCGGGAAAGCCUUCAUCCAGAAAGCAACAUUAAGUAUGCAUCAGAUUAUUCAUAACGGAAAGAAACCCUAUGCCUGUAUAGAAUGUCAGAAGGCCUUCACCGACAGAUCGAAUCUCAUUAAGCACCAGAAAACUCACAGUGGAGAAAAAGUAUAAAGCCACUGACUGAAAAGGCCUUCAGCUGGGACUCAGACCUGGGGAUACAUCAGAGGUCUCAGAGUAGGGAAAGAGGAGUGCCAGAUUCUGUGAUCGGGGGUGCGGGGUUGGGGCAGGGGGAGUGGGCAUGAUAGCCCACAGCUUAAGUGAACAGAAGGCAAACAAAGCCAAGUGUCCUUCAGCCAGUUGGAAAUAGAAACACCGGCACCACCAGUUGACAUGCAAUUAUAUGCAGAGGGAAACACUUUGAUAAGGGAUUUGAGCAAUAGUCCUUUUUGGUUGCAUGAUUCACGUGGAGACCCUCAAGCUCCUGCAAACAGUAGAAAGACAGACCCAGGAGAUGACUUGUAAUCUCUUAUGUUUCACUUUUUGGAUUGUAUAAGUUCAGCACUGAUUGGUUCUUCAUAUCCUGGGAUGCGGAAGUGCUUAAUACCGGCCACCUUGUUUUCAAAUGUCUAGGGUGGGAGAAGAGUUUUCAUUGUCCAAACACCCUUGGAGCACCAGAGUCAAGGCAAAAACCUACUGGGGAAGACAGAUCUGUGAGGAGAAGCCAGAAGUUUUUGUGAUCGUUGACAUUUAAGACCCAGAAAAGAUGGCACGAGGCACUGUUCUUUCUCUUCCCUUCUCCAGAGUAUAUUUUUAAAAAACGAAAUGGAAUUUUAAUGACUUUAUAUAUUGGCAAAUUAGGCAUAGCUGUAGCCAGUGUUACAGGAAUAUAGUUAUUAAACCUUACAGACAUCUAAAGAUGGCAGUUUGUUCCCUCAUUAAUUCCAUGCUGUGGCCACAGGUGAUUCACAUCCAAAAAAGGUAUGCAUACUUUCUGACCUGUACACCAAAAGCUAGCUUUCAUGUAGCCCACAGACCACAGACUUAUCCUCUUAGGAACUGACCCUAAAACAAUGAAACUGAGCCAUGACAUACUGGACUUCUGGUCUCAUCUACUGAAGCUUCUGCUUUCUUUAGGUUUCCUGUUUAAAAGGAGUGGUUGAUUAAUUGUGUUUCAAGACAUGACAUUUUGAUUUUGUUUUUCUUUCAAUUUGGUAAGAUACAUUCAUUUUCUACAUGCACAUGAAGAGCAGAAUUGUGUUGAUUGCUAUGGGAUAAAGUCAAUGUUGCACUGUAUUUGUUUAGUCUAAGAUAUGAUUAUAGUUGAACAGCUAGAAGACUUCUCUAGAAAGAGCACUGGUUUUUUUAAAGCACUGAUCUAUAGACACUUUCUCAUUUUCCCUUAAAUGUUUUUUAUGAUACUCAUAAGAAAAGGGGCUUUCUAGCAUGCAAAUUUACCUGAUUUUUAAACCUUUUUAUUAAUGUGUAAUGCAGACAGAAAAUGCAGCUGUCGUAAGCAAACAGCUCAAUGAAUUCUUACAAACUGAACACACUCAGAUCAAGAAACACAAC